GCCGGGAGAGGAAUAUCCCCUCGCUCGCUCCAGCCCAGCCCUCUUCCUCCUCCCCCGCCCGGCCCGCUCCGAGGAACCGGCGCGCAGCGGAGGGAGUCGCCGGCCCCCCUUCCUUCCCCAGGGGCUGCUGUUUCGUUCCGUCCCGGCUUCCCUGCCCCCAACCCGCAGCCCCGCAUCCAGGAAUUGCCCGCCGUGGGGAGGGGCCGAGAGGCGGGGCGGAUGUCACCCCAUGGGAAGCGGGCUGGCAGCCAAGCGUAGGGGCAGCCGAGGCCGCCGCCGAGCACGCUGCGCGCACCUGACCGCCGAGGGUGUGCGCUGCUGGCCCUUUGCUCCCCGGGAGCUCCGCUUCUGGGCACAGCCUGCAGCCGACGGGCACCCACUUGCUCACCCCACUGGAUGCCCCAGUGCCCCCGCCCUCUCGACUAGUCAAGCUCAGAAAGAUACCGGGCGCGGUGCCCUGCGUUCCCUCCCUCCUUUGCCCGCUCCGGAGCAGAGGCUCCCGGGUCGCCUCCCCUCCGGCUGCAACGUUACACAACCGCGGCGGCGGCGCCUGCCCUGCAGCAGCUCGGGGCGUGACGCUUCACGUGGCCGGGCUCGGGCCGCAGCGCCGCCGACUGCGGUCUCUUCUGCACUGGCCUGGGGACCGAGACCCGGGCGACGCGGUGUGUCCAGCGGGGUCGGCCGUCUCCCGACCUGCCAGACUUAUGCGGCGCUGUUUGUGGUCUGCACCAAAGAGGAGGCCGCCGGAGGCCCCCGCCGACCUCCCCCGGAAAACUCCGGACUCUGUGACCUUCUAACUCAGCCUGGAGCAGGGAAAACAGCUGAAACUCCAAACCCGCGGUGUGAGCAGCGCUGAUGCAGUCAGAGGAGGGAGCCAGUGGAAAUUCAUGACUAAAAUAAGGCCUGGCUGGGGAUUUCACUGACCUCUGCGCUGCCCUGCCCUGCAAGUUCGGGGAGUUGAGAAAUGACUGUGAGCCUUUCCCACCGCGCCUCGGGUCAGUCACCCCGCUGCUGAGUGACCUGGCUGUGGGAAGGAUUGAAUAAAUGGGGUCACUGCCGGCACUGGGUGAAGGCUAGCCUCCGGAGCGGUUUGGGGAGGUCAGCCUUAAAGGGCAGUGUCCUUGACAACCGAGGAGCUGGGAUUCACACGUUGACCAGCUUGAGAGUGGGUUUCCUUCAAGUCGCUUUGGAGAUCUCUCACUUCCUGUUUAUGUUUCUAAAGCGUCAAACUCAUUAGCAAGUGUGAGAAAUGCCUCCUUUUCUGUUAACUGGCUGACCUCACUUGGGGGCUCAGCGAUCCCUCCCUCCCGGAUUGUAUUUAUGGCUUUUGUGGGAUGACACUUCUCUGGAGGGGGACUGGAGCCUGUCCUGGCUUUGUGCUUUCGAUCGAGGGUGACCUGCUCCAUUGUGCGACAUUAACAAGGGUGAGGGGUUGUCAUGACUGCGGCAAAACCACUGUUCCACCAGGAAAUAAGCACUGGGGGAGGAAGGAACCCAUGCGCUCAGCUGUCGCGAGUGCAGCCAGGAGUGAACCCAAACAUUGCAGAUUCCAUGGCUCCCGACUACAUUUGAUUUUUAGAGUGCCUUGAAGUUAUCAAUACUUUUUGCUCCUUACCUGACGUACAACCGGAAAUAAUGAAAUGGAUGCAUUUCCUACUUUUGAUUUCCAAAUGUACUUCCAAGCUUCACGAGUUACCCCCACCCUGUCAAAGUUACACCAUAAUCACAAUUUAUGUGGUUUUUAAUCUGUUUUAUUUUCUUCUCUCAAUAGUUUUGGAUUACUUUUUAUUAAUUUAAACCAAAUAAAUCCUUCCCAGUCUGCAUCUAUCCUGGAGACUCUUAAUAUUUGUCUGUUAUCUUUUGUCCAUACCUGUUUAAUGCUUACUGUGUGUAUGCUAAUCUUUAGACUAUGUAAAAACUUGUAAAUAUUAAUUUUCUCCUCCCCACCACCUGUGAUGCCA